ACAGGGCCUUAUGUAAAAACAGGAAAACUGCGCGUACUCAUAUCUAAAUUAAAAGAAUUUGCCACGCAUAUGAUUGGGUUCCUUGGGUAAAGGAUCAAUCUAGUUUUCUAUAGUCCUGUUUGAAAUAUUUAAUCUGUGGACCAGUUUUAAAAUGAAAUAUUUUGUUGCAAUAAUACUAACCCUUGGUACAACUGCCUUGGGUGCAACCGUCGGAGAGUUUCACUUAAAUGCGACUGAUGAAGCAGAAAACGUUACAGAAGCCUUCAUUCUUGAGGAGGAAGAGUUUAUCACAACAGAAGAAAUUAUAGACACAGCAUCUGAAAGCCAAAUUAUUUUAUUGCAAGAACCGGCUCCAAUUUUUCAAGUUUUACGCAAUUUCCUCUUCCAAGCUAGAGAUGGUUUGCUGGACCCAUCAUUAGUAGCCGAAGGAUCCGAGCAUGAAAAAACUGAGAAGCUUGUGAAACUGAUUGAGCAUAGCUUAGUCGAAGCCACUACGAUUUUAGCAACUCACAUGGCUAACUCUCCGGUUUCAACCACUCCUUCUGGAAUAAUAGAUACUUUUUCAAAUCGUCAAGGUGAUAUUCCCGUACAAAUUAAACGAGAAAAGGAAAAGCCAAAUGCUCUUUCUUCAAAGAAUAAGCGCCAAACAGCUCAUAACAUGGUUGCAAAUAUGAGCACGUCUUGCAGCAAUUGUUACAACAAUCUGCAGAAAUGUGUUCAACAGUGUUUUGUUCAGCAUAACUGCAAUGAUAUUCAAAGAAAUGCACGUUCUUGUCCACCUCCUCCAAGUCGACUCUGCAAUCCGUUUACUCCAUGGAAUCCUGUGGAUGAAUGCAAAACCAACAACGAUUGCAAAAGUCCGCUAAUUUGUUGCAAUGAUGGAUGUAUCAACAAAUGUAUUGCUGGUGUCUGGCGUUCUUGAUUUAAACACAGCCUUUUAAUUUGUGUGAAUUUUUAUCGAAUAAAAUUUCAU